AUGGCGGCCGCUGGUGGGGCCAUGGCCAAGCACAAGCAGAUCCUGCUCCUCGACCCGCCCACAGAUCUCAAAUUUAAAGGCCCCUUCACAGAUGUAGUCACUACAAAUCUUAAACUACGAAAUCCAUCAGAUAGAAAAGUAUGUUUCAAAGUGAAGACAACAGCACCUCGUCGGUACUGUGUGAGGCCAAACAGUGGAGUUAUUGAUCCAGGGUUGACUGUAACUGUUUCAGUAAUGCUACAGCCUUUUGACUACGAUCCAAAUGAGAAGAGUAAACACAAGUUUAUGGUACAGACGAUUUUUGCUCCAACAAACACUGCAGAUAUGGAGACUGUGUGGAAAGAAGCAAAGCCUGAUGAACUGAUGGAUUCUAAAUUGAGAUGCAUAUUUGAAAUGCCCACUGAAAAUGAUAAAUUGCUUGAUAUGGAAAGCAAAGCUGUUCCAGUGAAUGCAAAACCAGAUAAACAGUAUAGUAGUACUUCACUCAAUGAUACUGAAACAAGAAAAUUAAUGGAAGAGUGUAAAAGACUUCAAGGAGAAAUGAUGAAAUUAACAGAAGAAAAUCGACACUUGAGGGAUGAAGGUUUAAGGCUCAGAAAGGUAUCAGCACCACCACCACCACCACCACCACCACCACCACCACCACCAGUGGAAAAACCAAGCUCAGGCGUGAUUCCUUCACUUCUUGUUGUAAUUGCAGCCAUUUUCAUUGGAUUCUUUCUAGGGAAAUUCAUCUUGUAGAGUGAAGCAUGCAGAGUGCUGUUUCCUUUUUUUUUUCUUGACCAGAAAAAGAUUUGUUUACCUACCAUUUCAUUGGUAGUAUGGCCCACAGUGACCAUU